AUGUUCAAUCUCAAUGGUACAGUUUUCAUGCCCCCAGUACUGACACUGAUUGGGAUCACUGGAUUGGAAUCUGUGCAGUUCUGGAUUGGAAUUCCUUUCUGUGCCAUGUACAUCAUUGCUCUAUUUGGAAAUUCCAUGCUCCUGGUCAUCAUCCAAUCUGAAUGCAGCCUCCAUGAGCCCAUGUAUCUCUUCCUGGCAAUGCUCGGAGCAACAGACAUUGCUCUUAGUACCUGCAUCCUACCAAAAAUGCUAGGAAUAUUCUGGUUUCAUCUGCCAAAAAUAUACUUUGAUGCCUGUCUCUUUCAGAUGUGGCUUAUCCACACCUUCCAGUGCACUGAGUCAGGAAUUCUGCUGGCUAUGGCCCUGGACCACUAUGUGGCCAUCUGUGAUCCCCUGAGACAUGCAACCAUAUUUACCCACCAACUUCUCACUCAGAUUGGGGUUGGAGUGAUGCUCAGAGCAGCCCUCCUUGUAGCUCCAUGUCUCAUCCUCAUCCAAUGUUGGCUGAAACACUACCGGACCACUGUGGUCUCCCAUUCAUACUGUGAGCACAUGGCCAUUGUGAAGUUGGCAGCAGAAGAUAUUCGAAUCAACAAGAUCUAUGGCCUGUUUGUGGCUUUCACUACACUUGGAUUUGACAUAAUCUUCAUCACACUCUCCUACAUCCAAAUAUUUCUAACUGUCUUCAAUCUGCCGCAGAAGGAAGCUAGGCUCAAAGACUUCAACACCUGCAUUGCCCAUAUUUGUGUCUUUCUUGAGUUUUAUCUCCUGGGUUUCUUCUCCUUCUUUACACACAGGUUUGGGUUCCAUAUUCCAUCCUACAUUCAUAUUCUACUGUUCAACCUUUAUCUGCUUGUCCCACCUUUGCUCAAUCCUAUCGUGUAUGGGGUGAAGACCAAACAGAUUCAAGAUCGAGUGUCCAAGAUUUUCUACUCUAAAGAUCCUUCUUGAUUUCUCAUUUAACUUUUUUCAAAUAAUAAAAUUUCACUU